AUGACCUGGAAAAUAAUAAAUAGUGAAACGGGCAAGGUCAAACCGCGCAACUCGGAUUUUCAAUUGAAUAUUAACAAUAAUUUAACCCGAUCUGAUCAAGAAGUUGCUAUGGCUUUUGAGAAACAUUUUACUGAUGUUCCUUUUUUGACAACUAAAUCAUUAAACUCUUCUCCUACUGUCGCUGAAUCAUUGCUCAAACAAAAUGUAAAGGCUUGUUCAAAUACUUUUAAAUUCCAUAGAGUACUGCCAAAAGAUAUCGUUAAAUAUUUUAAAACUAUUGAUGUUAAGAAAACGGCAGAUUUAUGGGGGAUUUCCGUUAAAAUUAUUUUAUCUAUAAUAGAUAUAAUAGCACCUUAUCUAGCCACUAUAUUUAAUACAAGCGUCGAAUCUGGUGUGUUUCCUGAUUUAAUGAAACUCAGUAAAAUCAUACCUUUAUUUAAAUCUGGUAGUACAUUAGACCCCGCCAAUUUUAGACCAAUUUCUGUACUACCAAGAUUUAGUAAAAUUUUUGAAAAAAUAAUUUUAGAUCAGAUGUUAAGUUUCUUUAAUAUUAAUAAAUUGCUACAUAGAAAUCAAUUCGGUUUUACAAGGGGUCGCUCAACAACUGACGCUGGAGUUGAGCUUAUCAAACAUAUUUUUUGUGCAUGGGAGAAUUCAGAGGAUGCUUUGGGUAUAUUUUGUGACCUUUCCAAGGCCUUCGACUGUGUUCACCAUGAGAUAUUAAUCAGGAAGCUACAGUACUAUGGUGUCAAGAACACAGCGCUUAAACUUAUAAUUUCAUAUUUAAGUAAUAGAAUGCAGAAAGUUAUUAUCAAUGGUAAAAGUUCUUCCGGCUCACCUGUACUAAUGGGUGUCCCUCAGGGCUCAAUUCUCGGCCCAUUCCUAUUUCUAGUGUAUAUUAAAGACUUACCUUCUAUUGUAGAGGAUAAUCAUGAUAUAGAUUAUUUGCUGAUGAUACUUCUUUGA